AUGUUCACCGAUGACGACGGUUCUCGUCAGUUUCAUGCUUCUAUAUCGAUGGCGAGGAGAUUCGCAGUGAUUGGAUUAUCGUUCCUCCUCUUAGUUGGUUCAACAUUGUCGGCGAGAUCCGAUGAGGAAACUCGGGAGCGGUUUUACGGCAAUCUGGUGAACUCGACGGGGCCUGGUAACGGCGGAGGGACUCUCGCCAAAAUGUUCGAUCAAGUUCUCGAGAAAGAGUUCUCCGAAAACGAUCAGCCUGAAGGAUCGGAUGGAGGAGCGAGCUUUAACAGCAGUGUUGCUGAUCAACAAGCUGAAAUAGAAACUGUAGCGAAAGUAACACAUGAGAAAGGGAAAAGAAAUGAUACACAAGAAAACAACAAUACGAGACCGUUCCAGCUUCAAGAUGUGUUUUCUCUGGAGAAUGAAGAUUCUGAUGAUAUGACUCUUAUUGACAAAAAGAACAAUGUUUUUGUCAUGUCAAACAAAAAAUCUAAGUAUCCGAUACUUCAAGUAGAUUUGAGAUUGAUAUCAGAUUUGGUGGUCAUUAUUGUUUUUGCUGCGAUUGGUGGCAUUGUUUUCUCGUGUCUUGGACAACCGGUCAUUGUUGGAUAUCUUCUGGCGGGUUCAAUCAUUGGGCCAGGAGGACUGAAAUUCAUCAGUGAAAUGGUCCAGGUGGAAACCGUAGCCCAGUUUGGUGUUGUUUUCCUCCUUUUUGCUUUGGGCUUGGAAUUCUCAAUGGCUAAGCUGAAAGUUGUUGGCCCAGUUGCUGUCCUUGGAGGACUUCUUCAAAUCAUCUUGCUCAUGUUUCUGUGUGGUGUAACUGCCUUGCUGUGUGGAGCAAGAUUGUCAGAGGGUAUUUUUGUUGGUGCUUUCCUAUCUAUGUCAUCAACUGCGGUGGUGGUGAAGUUUUUGGUGGAACGGAACAGUACAAGUUCUCUACAUGGUCAAGUUACAAUAGGGAUACUUAUCUUUCAGGACUGUGUUGUUGGCUUACUAUUCGCAUUGCUUCCAGUUUUGGGUGGAAACAGUGGUUUACUACAAGGAAUCAUAUCAAUGGGAAAGCUGCUCCUGAUAUUGUCAUUAUAUCUCACUGUUGCAUCUCUACUAACAUGGUCAUUUGUUCCACGCUUUCUGAAGCUAAUGAUUCAAUUAUCAUCUCAAACAAACGAACUUUACCAAUUAGCUGCCGUGGCAUUCUGCUUACUAUCUGCAUGGUGCAGUGACAAGCUGGGUCUUAGUCUUGAGUUGGGAUCAUUUGUGGCUGGUGUUAUGCUAUCUACAACCGACUUUGCUCAACAUACACUAGAGCAGGUGGAACCGAUUCGUAAUUUGUUUGCGGCUCUCUUCCUAUCUAGUAUCGGGAUGCUCAUAAACGUGCACUUCCUAUGGAACCACGUCGAUAUCCUUCUGGCGUCUGUGAUUCUAGUCAUAGUUAUCAAGACAGCACUUGCAGCAAUAGUAGUCAAGGCUUUUAGAUACAACAUGAGGAUAUCUUUCCACGUCGGUGUAUUGCUCGCUCAGAUCGGAGAAUUUGCGUUUGUUCUUCUAAGCCGAGCAUCGAACUUACACGUUAUCGAGGGGAAAAUGUAUCUUCUCCUUCUGGGCACAACAGCUCUGAGUCUCGUGACGACUCCAUUGUUGUUCAAGCUGAUACCGAGUGCGAUGAACCUCGGUGUCAUCCUCCGAUGGUUUCCUUCUGAGAAUAGUUCCACGAACGAGGAGAAAGCAUCGAUGAUAGAAGUACAUAACAGAACCAAGUGA